AUGGACGUAGACGUGGACGUGGACCUGGACGUGGACGUGGACAUGGACAUGGACGUGGACGUGGACGUGGAGGACUUGGACGUGGAGGAUUUGGAUGACUUGGACGUGGACAUGGACGUGGACAUGGACGUGGACUUGGACGUGGACAUGGACUUGGACAUGGACGUGGACAUGGACGUUGACAUGGACUUGGACAUGGACGUGGACAUGGACGUGGACGUGGACGUGGACGUGGACGUGGACGUGGACAUGGACGUGGACAUAGACGUGGACGUGGACAUGGACGUGGACCUGGACGUGGACAUGGACGUGGACGUGGACGUGGACGUGGACGUGGACAUGGACGUGGACAUGGACGUGGACGUGGACGUGGACGUAGACGUGGACAUGGACGUGGACGUGGACGUGGACGUGGACGUGGACAUGGACAUGGACGUGGACGUGGACGUGGACGUGGACAUGGACAUGGACGUGGACGUGGACAUGGACGUGGACGUGGACAUGGACGUGGACAUGGACGUGGACAUGAACGUGGACAUGGACGUGGACGUGGACGUGGACGUGGACGUGGACAUGGACGUGGACAUGGACGUGGACGUGGACGUGGACGUGGACGUGGACGUGGACAUGGACGUGGACAUGGACGUGGUGGACGUGGACGUGGGCGUGGACGUGGACGUGGACGUGGACGUGGACGUGGACGUGGACGUGGACAUGGACGUGGAGGACGUGGUCGUUGACUUGGACGUGGAGGUGGACGUGGACGUGGACGUGGUCGUGGACGUGGACGUGGACGUGGACGUGGACAUGGAUGUGGAUAUGGACGUGGACGUGGACCUGGACAUGGUCGUGGACGUGGUCGUGGACGUGGACGUGGUCGUGCACGUGGACGUGGACGUGGUCGUGGACGUGGACGUGGACAUGGACGUGGACGUGGACGUGGUCGUGGACGUGGUCAUGGACGUGGAGGACUUGGACGUGGAGGACUUGGACGUGGACGUGGACGUGGACGUGGUCAUGGACGUGGUCGUGGACGUGGAGGACUUGGACGUGGAGUAUUUGGACGUGGACGUGGACGUGGACGUGGACGUGGUCGUGGUCGUGGACGUGGUCGUGGACGUGGACGUGGUCGUGGACGUGGUCGUGGACGUGGACGUGGUCGUGGACGUGGUCGUGGACGUGGACGUGGUCGUGGACGUGGAGGACUUGGACGUGGAGGACUUGGAGGUGGACUGA